UCUUCCUCCGGCCGCCCACCCUCUCCCGCGAGCGCCGCCGUCUCUCUCCAUCCAUCCAUCCACUCUCCCAGCCAAAUCGAGCCGAGCCAAGCCGCCGCCUGAGCUGAGAGGCAGGAAUGGGGUGGAAGGCCGCGGAGAAGCUCAUCAGGCACUGGAAGAUCCUCCGCGGCGACAACGUGAUGAUCAUAAGGGGCAAGGACAAGGGGGAGAGCGGGCUGAUCAAGCGGGUCAUCCGGUCGCAGAAUCGCGUCAUCGUCGAGGGCAAGAAUCUGGUUAAGAAACAUAUUAAGCAAGGGGAAGGACAAACAGGCGGGAUCUUCUCAAUUGAAGCUCCACUUCAUGUUUCAAAUGUACAAGUAAUUGAUCCAGUCACCGGGAAACCAUGCAAGACUACAUACAAGUAUUUGCCAGAUGGGACGAAAGUAAGGGUCUCUAGAGGAAUGUAUGCGUCUGGUGCUGUCAUACCUCGGCCAGAAAUUUUGAAGGAGAGAAAAAAACCGAGACCCACAUCUCAUGGCCCAAAGGACACACCAAUUGAGCAUGUGCUGGAGAAGACCUAUGAUGCCAAAGCUGGAAUUGGUAUGCCUGAUCUAUGAGAGGAGACGUCCACUGCUGGGAGUGAAAGAGAAAGGGUUGGGCAUAUUUGUGAUCUAUCCAUCCUAGUUAAGAUAGUAGGAACUCUGUGGUUAUUAUGUCAGGAGGCACUCAACAUUUGUUCACGAAUAAAACUAGCCAGCAUCUCCUGCGUUUCCAGAAAUCUGUCCCUGAAGACCCUCUGAAUGUUGUGCAUCUUGUUUGUCGUUUGAUUGUAUGAAUGAGGCCCCAAGAAAGUACGGACCAGGCUGCUGGUUCACCAAGAACAGUUCUUGAGUUUUACUGUAAUUUCCUUGCAUUCCAGCAUGUGUUCUGAAGUUAA